CCGGCCGUUCACUUGCCCUCCGAUAUGCAACAGUUUGAGGUGUUGUGGCAUAACCUCAGCUAUAAUAUACCCAAGAAGUUAAAGGAUCUCCUCUUCCCGGCGCAGAUUCGCACCAAUAUAUUGCAUAACAUAAGCGGUCACUUCCGGAGCGGCGAAGUGACCGCUAUUAUGGGCCCGUCCGGCGCCGGCAAGUCUACGCUACUCGAGAUUAUAUGCGGACGUCGAGUGCGCGGAGUGGUCGGUGAGGUGCGGAUCCGUGGCGUGGAUGAAGUGAAGAUCGGUUUCGUACCGCAAGACAACUAUCUGCUGGAACUGUUGACAGUGAAAGAGACACUGGUGUUCGCCUCAAAGCUCAUUAACCAUAAGCUGUCCGGUUAUGAGCACAACUCGAUCGCCGAUAAGACCAUCAAUCGGUUCGGUCUCGAGAAGAUCAGCGAAACCCGUGUCAACCGUUGCAGCGGUGGUCAACGGAAGCGGCUGUCCAUCGCUCUGGAGAUCAUCUCAAAGCCCAAUAUCUUGAUUCUGGACGAACCGACCACUGGACUCGACUCGCCCUCAUGUACUCAUGUGCUGAAUAUACUGCACGAGUUGGCCGCCAAUAAGACCAGUCCGGUGGCAGUCGUGGCCACUAUUCAUCAGCCGUCGGUCGCCCUUUUUAACGCCUUUCAUAGCAUUUACAUUCUGACCAGCAAAGGAAAGUGCAUUUACCAUGGUUUGCCCCGACAACUGGUGCCGACAAUGGCUCGGGUGGACGUGGCGUGCGAUCCGUACACAUCGCCCGCCGACUUCAUCAUAGAGAUAGCGGCCGGCGAUUUCGGUCCGACGCCUAUCAAGAAGUUGGUAGACGUGGCCGACACCGAUACCGACCGUCUCGAGCGGCUCACCACUCAAGACUCGCGGCUCCUGUUGUCGGCGCUGACCGUUCAUAAGUAUCCCUUCUUCAGACACCUGUGGCUACUGUGGUUGCGGUCGCAGAUCUUGAUAUACAGGGAUCCCUUCCUCACGAUCCUUCGUCUGGUGAUGUGUGUCUUCUCGGCGGUCAGUCUGUCGAUACUGUUUGGCCGCGAGAUCGGCAAGACGUCCGGCUGUCCGCCCCGACCCGUCGAGCUCUACGCCACCCCUCUUGAC